AUGGUUAUUAAGUUUUCUCGACGGAAGGCUCCUCGGCGUAAGCCGGGGUACUCCUCCCGAAGCUACCCUAAGCGGAAGCGAACUUAUGUCAAGCGGUACAAGAAAACAUACCGCAAAAAAGCCAGGAAGUACGCCAAGACGACCACUCGUCGUCCUGGUCGUUACGCUCGGAAGCCCCGUCGGGGUAUUCGCGGUCUUCGCAAGAAGGGCGUUCUUGAUACGUCCAAAAAGAAUAUCACCCGUAUUAAGUUCGUUACGGGCGUCAACCACAAGUCCCAUUCCAACGUCCUUGCUGAGAUCAAGCCGUUGCUGUUUUCCACGACGCACAAGACCUCGACCACUCCUCUUAGCUCUUUUGUCGAGUUUUGGGCCACCAAUCCGGUCAAUUGCAUUCCGUUCACUACGGACAGAUUUGUUCGGAUGCAUCGCCAUAGCGACACGGUCACUCUCACCGGACUCUACAUCAACCUCUUCAUGCGUCUCAGCGCCGGCAGCGCGUGGCGCAUCAGAGUCAUGAUCUUUGAGCACCGGGAACUUCCUGAUGAGUCAUUCGUGACUUCCAGGAUGUUGUUCUCCGAUCCCACCCUCAACCAAUUUCCCGUCGGGUUUGAAGACACCGUUCAGACCUGUGAGACCGGUUACGGCGAAGAGGUCCGGUCCAAUCUUCCUUGGAAAACGUGGCAGGACUCUCGGAACAUCACGCAGACCAGGAGGGAGGAUCUCAUGAAAGGCCGUCCUGUAUUUGACGAGUCCAAGAUCACUAUGAUCCACGAUCAUAUAUACAACAAACGCAACGGUUCGAAGGUCGUGAAGAAUGCCCACAUCAAUAUUUCGAGGCACGCCCAUCGGGUGUACAAGUAUCCUUCGAAGUACAACACUACCUUCACUCGCGGGGCCGCUGUCCCUUCCAUCUUUCCCAAUCCCAGCGAUGAAGUCAUGAAUGAGGUUGCGAACUCGGGAGUGUAUCGCAACAAACUCUAUCCGUUCAAGAAGUUGUAUGUCAUGAUCCUUGCUCAUGCUACGGUCCCCGGACCGUAUCCAUAUCUGUAUCCUUCUGCCGAAGAGAUAUCGGACAGCCACAAGCCGGAAGAACAUCUUCCGACCACGUAUGGUCAAUUCCCGGCUCAUAGGCACUCCACCCACCCUGACUAUAAGGACCGAUUGAAGCGGUUCAAGCCGAAAGAGGCUAAACCUCCUCCUGUUGAUCCUGGUGACAGCGCCAGUCAAGCUGGUGGCCGCGCCAAGGAUAAAGAAGAAGAAGAUCACGGCGAUGAUCCCCCUGAUGAUGACGAACCAGAUGUCGUCAUCGAUCCUUCCUUCGUAGGUCCGCAAUAUGCCUGGCUUGAGGUAGCUCCGCAAAUAGACUUUUGCUUCCGCAACAAUGCGGACUCGGUUCCCAUACUUAGUUAG